AUGUCCGCCGCUGCCAGCUCUGGCUCGAUACGAUUGGCAUUGGCUUUGCGACGAGCUCCCUUGACCCGACCGUGUUGGUUGUCCUCCCGCUGCGUGUCCACCGCCUUCGCUCGCACAUCAGCAACGCUGGCUCCCCCCACCACGCCCACCGCUCGCCCCUCCCCCUCCCUCUCCUCCUCUUCUCCCCUCUCUCCCUCCUUCUCUCUCUCUUCAACUCGUAACCGCGCUGCUCUUCUGUCGAGACACUUCGCGUCGUCAGAAUCACCCAAAAUGUCGUACACCGUCCGCAAGGUUGGCCAGCCGCACACGCUGGACUACCGUGUCUACAUCGAGAAGGAUGGAGUCCCAGUCUCGCCCUUCCACGACAUCCCUCUCUAUGCCAACGAGCAGCAGACUGUCCUCAACAUGAUUGUCGAGAUCCCUCGCUGGACCAACGCCAAGCAGGAGAUCUCCAAGGAGGAGUUCCUCAACCCUAUCAAGCAGGACACCAAGAAGGGCAAGCUUCGUUACGUUCGUAACUGCUUCCCCCACAAGGGUUACCUGUGGAACUACGGUGCCUUCCCUCGCACCUGGGAAGACCCCAACGUUGUUCACCCUGAGACCAAGGCCAAGGGUGACAACGACCCAUUGGACGUCUGUGAGAUCGGUGAGUUGGUUGGCUACACCGGUCAGGUCAAGCAGGUCAAGGUCCUCGGUGUCAUGGCCCUUCUGGACGAGGAGGAGACCGACUGGAAGAUCAUCGUCAUCGAUAUCAACGACCCUCUUGCUCCCAAGCUGAACGACGUUGAGGACGUCGAGCGUCACCUCCCCGGUCUGCUCCGUGCCACCAACGAGUGGUUCCGUAUCUACAAGAUUCCCGACGGAAAGCCCGAGAACCAGUUCGCCUUCUCCGGCGAGUGCAAGAACAAGAAGUAUGCCACUGAGGUCAUCCGCGAAUGCGCCGAUGCUUGGGAGAAACUCAUCACUGGCAAGACCCCCCGCGGCGAGAUCAGCCUGGCCAACGUCACCAACGAGAGCUCUCCCGACCGUGUUGACCAGAGCAAGCUUGCCAGCAUCCCCAAGGGCGAGAACCUUGCCCCGGCCCCUAUUGAUGGCAGCGUUGACAAGUGGUUCUUCAUCUCUGGUGCUGCCGUCUAA